UCACCACUCACUCCUACUCUCAGUCUCGCUUUCUAGAUUUCUUUCAUCUCCUUUCUUCUUCUCACUCUCUCAGUAAUUUCUACAAACACCAAAGCGAUGCUUUUGUAGUCGGCCAUGGCUUCUCAUCUCCUCCAGCUUCCACUCCCCCAUGUCGUGACCUUAUCAUCAUCUACCUCACGCUACUCCAUCAACUGCUCUUUCCGCAACCUCUCCUUGUCCUUCAAUCCUCUGAGCUUAUCAAACCACGGUAGCAGGAGGAGGAGAAGCAGGCGCACUUUAGCACCCGUUUAUGCCAGCAACGAGGAGGAAGCCAGCACUUCUACCUCAUCCGCCACUGCCACCCAAGAGAAAGGAGCGUACGAUGAAGAUGUGGAGGUCUCGGAUCCCCAAGCCCUUGAAUACGUCUCCCAAGUCAAAAGAGUUUUGGAGCUGCUCAGGAAGAAUAGGGAUAUGGUGUUUGGUGAGGUUAAAUUGACUAUAAUGAUUGAAGACCCCAGGGAUGUAGAGCGGAAACGGCUGCUUGGCAUUGAUGAUGAGAAUGCUCCAACCAGAGAGGACUUGGCUGCUGCUCUUGAAGAAAUAAAUGAAGGCAAGAUUCCUGAAGAUCGUCUUGCUCUUCAGAUGCUGGCAGAAGAAUUGAGUUCAUGGCCUAAUUUGGAGACUGAAGCCCCAAAGAAACAGACGCCUAGCAAAUCCCUGUAUGCAAGAACCACAGACACUGGUGUUGAUCUAAAAGCAGCUGCUAAGAGGCUCAAAAUUGAUUGGGAUUCAGCAGCGGAGAUAGGGGAAGAUGAUGAGGGCAAUGACACGGAAGUGCCUCCAGCUGUUGGAUAUGGAGCUCUAUAUUUGGUCACUGCAUUUCCAGUAAUAAUUGGAAUCUCGGUAGUGUUGAUUUUAUUUUACAAUUCAUUGCAGUAAAUGUUCACCAGUAUCACAUUGUCACUGCCCACAUAUCAUCCUCCGUCUCAGAUAUAUAGUAGUCCGUGUUAAACCAUGGGAGGAGGUAAGUUACACUCGAGUUUGUACAUUGCAUGAUCUAUUGUGAGUGAAAUUCUUGAUACGUAAUGAAUAACACUUUAUAACUCGAGUUUGUAUACAUUUUGGCAUUGUAUAACUUGUUUCUGUGGUUCCUUGAUGGAAAGGAAAACAAACAUGAAAUACCCGAGGAUAUUGUGACUUAUAGACUGGGAACAUGAAACUUGUCUUUUGUUUGAGCUGUUUUAUGGGCAACCAAGCUUCUUUCAUAGAUUUACAGUAUGCCAGUGGCUUGACUGUGAUGAACUGCUUUCCUACAAUUAAUAGAAUCCCAAGGUGAUGAGCAUAGAUUGUGAAUUUGUACCAUACUUGUUGAGUAGGAAUCUGGUUUCAAAGUAAACUUA